AUGGCGCUGACUCCGGCGGCGAGUGAUAUAAAACCACACGAAAUUGUUGCUCCCCUGGCGGAAAUAGUGUUCGCCCCGCAUCCGGAAUUUGGGACGUUUUGGAACGUUCAUUAUCCAGUAGCAGCCUCGCUUAAACGUGAGCACGGUAAGACGCACAAGCUCCGUGGAAGCGAUGGGAAUGGCAAAGACGAAAGCGACGGGCGAGGAACGACGGAAAAUCCAAAUUGCCACACAAAGCUCUCGCGCAAUCCUCGCGCCUUCAAGUACUUCGGCACGAUCGCGAAAGCCAAUUAUGUGGCUGACGUACGUACAGGUGCGGCUUUAAAGCAACUAGGCAACGGGGCGAAUACGAGGGUACAUAGGCAUGGAAAAUUUAAUAUUACAGCAUCCUUUCUAGUGCGACCAGCUAUCCCUCUUGACCCUCGGAUCACAAGAGGUACGGUAACUGACAUAAAGCAGCAUCCUUAUCAAUUGAGCCUCCAGCGAGGUUCACGGCACGUUUGUGGAGCCGUCAUCGUCAACUAUAAAUGGGUUGUCACGGCGGCUCAUUGCGUCUGUCUGUCGGCGAGCGUUUACAGACUUCACGCAGGGAGUAACGACAAAUAUGAGGGGGGCACAUUUUAUUUAGUUAAAAAGAUCGUUCAACAUCCCGCCUACAAUUUCCUGACGAUCGAUUACGAUAUCGCCCUUCUUGAGAUCGACGGCGAAAUCGUAUUUAACGAUAGAGUGCAGCCAGUGAAGCUUCCGAAAACGGAGCUCGCGAAUGGUGUUAUGGUGAACGUUUCCGGAUGGGGCGCGAUGCAGGUUGGUGGAAAAUUAUCAUCAAUGUUAAUGACAGUAUCGCUUCCGAUCGUAAGCAAAAAAACGUGCCAAGGUAUAUAUAAAUACAUCCGCAGCAUCACCGAUCGAAUGAUCUGUGCGGGUUACAUGCACGGCGGCCAGGAUGCGUGUGAAGGCGAUUCAGGCGGACCUCUUACGGUGGAUGGUAUCCUCUACGGAAUUGUAUCCUGGGGAUACAAAUGCGCUGAGCCGCUUUAUCCCGGUGUUUAUACAAAUGUUGCGGAUCUUCUGUGGUGGAUCAGAUGGAUCAGUGGUGUUUAA